AUGGAAGAUACUCAAGGGUUCCGCUUCCUCGAUCUACCCAAGGACAUCCGUCUGGAAAUAUACGACCUUUUUCCUACCGAAACUCGUCGUUAUACGGUACAAAUACCAGAUACGCCAACCCACACACCCUUCACCCUUGUCUUGGAACGCAUCCCGUGCAUGGAACUACUCACUACCUGUCGCCAGAUAUUCCACGAAGUCUCCGCCGUGCUGGGGUCAAGAUUAGAUGGCCAACCACUUCGUAUCUUCACCAAUGCGAGAGACUUGUGUGACACCGCCGUCCACGUUAUGGCGAACUAUACUUCAUCUGACCCUCAAAAUGAGUCCAUGAAGAUACAUAUUAAGCGCUACAUUCCUAGUCGCCAGAGUGGUUCUAAGGAUCAGGAUGUGCCUAAAGUUCCGCCGCAGGCUCUACGUCACAACAUAACGGCAACUGGCUCGAAGCUAGAAGUCGAGAUAGCUCUUGAGCUUGGCGGUUUACUCAGAGAGACUUCACGUGAUCUACGACUCAUGAAAGAUUAUAUACGCAUAUUCUAUGAGUGGAUUGUAGACAUGGGGCAGCCGCAGUAUUCUCUCUACGACCCCGUCAAUGUCACAAUCCGGCCUAAGCCGACAGCAGAUGUGAGCGAGAAAACAGCCAGCGAUGGACAAGUAUUCGACUUUGAGCAAUACCAAAAGGACUUUGGGCCUGGAAAGAUGUGGACUUGUCAGUUGGGUGAGUGCAUGACGGAGAAGGAGUGGCAACGCAACUGGGAGGAAGGCAAGCACUUCGGGAAGUUGAAGCGGAUCUAG